AUGUCUUCAAUUAGGUCAAUUUCUAAUACACUUGAAACUAAAACUUGCUUUGAGCUUCUUAAGACUUGCAAAUCCAUUACAAAACUCAAACAAAUCCAUGCCCAAGUUAUCAUUCUCAAUUUCCACAAACACAUUGGCAUUUUACACAAGCUAUUAGCUUUUACCACUCAUGAUGAUACAGACUUUAAUUACGCCAAGAAAAUCUUUAGUUGCUGUGAGAACCGAACAUUGUUUAUGUACAAUGUAAUGAUUAAAGGGUAUGUGAAAACGGGUCAAUUCAAGAAACCCCUUUUCUUGUUUGAUGAAUUAAGAAUACAUGGCUUGUUUCCUGAUAAUUUUACUUACCCAUUUGUGUUUAAAGCUAUUGGUGAGUUGAAAAUGGUGAAAGGAGGUGAAAAGAUUCAUGGGUAUGUCUUGAAAUCUGGUGUUUUGUUUGAUAACUAUGUGGGUAAUUCUGUUAUGGAUAUGUAUGGUUUGUUUGGUUAUGUGGAGAGUUUGAACAAGGUGUUUGAUGAAAUGCCUCAGAGAGAUUCGGUUGCUUGGAAUAUAUUGAUUUCUGGAUUUGUUAGAUGUGGUAGGUUUCGGGAUGCUGUUGUGGUUUACAAGAAGAUGAGGGAGGAAAAUGGUGUUAGGCCUGAUGAAGCUACAGUUGUGAGUACUUUGUCAGCUUGCGCUGCGUUGAAAAGCUUGGAACUUGGUAGAGAAAUUCAUGGAUAUGUUGUUGAAGAGCUUGAGUUCAGCCUUAUUAUUGGGAAUGCAUUGGUAGAUAUGUAUUGUAAGUGUGGAUGUUUGAUGGUGGCUAGGGAGAUAUUUGAUGAUAUGCCAAUGAAAAAUGUGAUAUGUUGGACUAGUAUGGUGUCGGGGUAUGUUAAUAGUGGUCAAUUGGAUGAAGCUAGAAAGCUUUUUGAGAGGAGUCCAGUAAGGGAUCUAGUUCUGUGGACAACUAUGAUUAAUGGGUAUGUGCAAUUCAAUCGUGUUGAUGAUGCAAUGGACCUAUUUCGUUCGAUGCAAAUGGAGGGGAUUAAACCUGACAAAUACACACUGGUUGCUCUUCUCACUGGUUGUGCUCAGUUAGGAGCCCUGCAGCAAGGGGAAUGGAUUCAUGAUUACAUGAAGGAAAACAGAAUAACUGUUACUGCCGUUGUUGGUACUGCCCUUAUAGAGAUGUAUGCAAAGUGUGGUUGUAUAGAAAAAUCGAUGGAAAUAUUUGAUGAAUUAGAAGAGAAAGAUACUGCAUCUUGGACUUCAAUUAUUUGUGCUCUAGCCAUGAGCGGGAACACUAGGAAGGCACUAGAACUGUUCUCAGAAAUGGAACAAGCUGGAUUUCGCCCUGAUGAUAUCACUUAUAUUGGAGUGUUAAGUGCAUGUAGCCAUGGGGGCUUGGUAGAAGAAGGCCGCAAGUAUUUCCAUGCAAUGAGUAGGAUUCAUGCAAUUCAGCCAAAAUUAGAACAUUAUGGUUGUUUGAUAGACCUACUUGGUCGUGCUGGGCUCCUAAGUGAAGCUGAAGUAAUGAUAUCUCAGAUACCCAAUAGAGACAAUGAGAUUAUAGUUCCAAUAUACGGGGCUUUGCUCAGUGCCUGCAGAAUUUACGGCAAUGUUGAUGUUGGUGAACGUGUGGCUGAACUGCUCAUGGAGAUUGAAUCUUAUGAUUCUAGCACUCAUACACUUCUGGCAAACACCUAUGCAUCUGCUGGCAGAUGGGAAGAUGUAUUAAAGGUCAGAGGAACUAUGAGGGAUUUAGGUGUUAAGAAGUCACCUGGAUGCAGUUCAAUUGAUAUCAGUGGAAAUGUGCACGAGUUCAUUGUUGGACAUUAAUCCACUUGAAAUGAAAUAUGAUAUUUGUUUGGUAGCAUCUCUUAGCUACUUCUAGGUGCAAGUUCAUACAAGUUUCUGACAGUAGAAAGGUUCAGGUGAUUUAUGACUUGAUCUUCUUUCUCAUUAGACUUGAUUCAGUCUUUUCAUGGUACUUCUUUUUCAUCUUGCGUUUAUGAGAAAACUUUUGAUCUCUUGGAUGUGGUCAAUUUAUUGAACAUCCAAUUUGGUGCUCUAUUUACUCCAUACAGGAGUACCACAAGCGAGAUGGUCCGCAAAGAUGGGUGAAAAAGCUCCAGCGCUAUUACAUUUCCACUGCAGAGUGGUUACAAACAUGAAGUCUUUCCUUUCUAGCAAUCUGGUUUGCUUGCGACUGCAUUGGUUAAUGAUGGUCUUCAAAAGGUUUGAGUUGAUGGACAGAGAAUAUGGGUCAGUGGUCAGCAUUGCUGAUAUGUCAGGAAGAGUCGGAUGGGUGGUUGAAGCAGAUGUUUUUCCUCAGCGGUUGGGUGAGAAGGGUGAUGUCUUGGGAUUAUCUGGAUUGAUACUUGCUUCCUACUGAGUUCAUAAACAUCUUGAACCAGAGAAAGUAGUUGCCAGUAAGCUGUGUGAAAUAUCAGAGUAUGCAGAGGAAGGAAAUUGGCUGUCCACCGCAGGUGUUAGAAGGGGAAUGUGAGUGGGUUUGUAAAAGGAGGUUAGCUGUAUUUGGAUUGACAUAUCUGACUGUUCUAACUGUUUUAUACCUAAUGAAAAGAAGCAUCCGUGUGCUGCUAAUAUGCUGGAAAACUAGUGAUUAACAUGAAGGAUGCUGCUUAUAAUUCUAAACUCUAAUCAAUAGAGGGACUUAUGUGGUAGCCAAAUGUAAGCUUUUAUUCCUGGACUAGUUACCUUUGUACUCGUGAGUCUGUUGAAAGGGUUUUGCAAAAUGUUGACAUGCUUCUAGUUAAUUCCUGACCUGCUUAGAGCCCGUUUGGGUUCGCUGAAUUCAACUUGCAAAUAUAUCAAGAAGUCCUAUAUAUGAGCCUUGCAUGCUGCUGUGAAGACCUUAGAGAUGAAUCCUCACAGGGUCUAUAGAACUUAGGCUUGAGGUAUGCGAUCAUUUGGAAGAGGUUUUAAGAUACCAAACGGAGGCUCAUCCUGCUAAAAGAAGCUCCAAAACAUUCUUGCUAGUCCCAGAUAGAAGAUGACAUAACUUUUGUAUUAGUGGUUUGUAUGGGGGUGUGAGUACAUCUGCCUUUCAAGUAUAAUGACACCGUGAUAAUCAUCAUUUAGAAAUCCUUCAGUUCUCAGCAGAUUUAUGAAAAUCAAUAAAAUCUCAUGAGAAAGAUUCAAGACAAUAAAUGACAGCAGAAGAGAUGGAAUUAAAGUCAUGCUUAUACUGGAAGUUUUGGCUAUAUUCUGAUGAUGCAGAUCUAGAGAAAGAUUUUCUGUGGAAAGUAUUCAUGGCACUUUCCACUCUACAUCAAAUUGAGAAAUUGUGCAGACCCAAGGAUAAGGUCUUCCUGUGAUCUGACCUCUGGCACAAUUGCAUAAACAACUGUAGGAAUGCCAAAGGAGAUGGAUAGAAGUCACAACGACCUAAGCUGGUUCCAUGAUGCGCUGUCUGUGGG